ACAUUCCGGUAGGUGGCAAUAAUGAGCAUAUUUAUCCAAGGUGUCGGUAAUGAGUUUAUUUGACCGGUAGGUGGCAGUAAUGAGUAUAUUUGUCCAAGGUGGCGGUAAUGAGCUUAUUUGACCGAUAGAUGGCAGUAAUGAGCUUAUUUGCCCAGCCGCACUCAGAGAGAACACGAGUCAAUACGGAAAUGUAAACGAAAACAAAAUGGCGGCGUCCUUGAGCAGACAGGGAAGAAUAUUAUCUAUUGCUUGUAGCCAACUGAAUUCUGCGACUUGUCUCAUCUCUGGAUCAAGGAGCAUAAACACCAGUGCAGUUUGCUAUAAGAACCGUGCAGCCCGCAUUCGGGUGGGUAAAGGUGACAGGCCAGUGACGUAUGAACAGGCCCUGCACCCACACCACAUAGCUCAUAGGAAGGGAUGGCUCUCUCAACACACAAGUAACCUCCAGGGAGAAGGAGGUGCUGCAGAGCGGACUGUAGAAGACAUGUUCAUCCGCCGUUUCAUCUUUGGCACGUUUCAUGGUUGUCUGGCUAACGAACUGGUUAUCAAGCGCAGGGGCAACAUGCUGGUCAUCUGUGCUUUGAUGCUACAGAAACUCCAGCCUAAUAAAUAUUAUUUCCUUAUCGGCUACACAGAAGAGCUGCUCUCACACUUCUACAAGUGUCCUGUAAAGAUGGAGAUACAGACGCUGGAAGAUAAAAUUGUCUACAAGUAUCUCUAAGACCCAGGACAGAGAAUUAGAACAUAAAUAAUUAAUACUUUUUGGUAUAAAACUAAAUAUCAUGUGAAUUUAAUGUAUGUAAUAAAAAAAUUCCAUGCUA